CUGCCGCUGCCCGCCGGAGCCGCCGACUUCCCCCCGAGCGCGGGUCGCCGCCGCUGCCGCCUCUCCCUGCCAUGAGACCCCUCCCGCCGCCGCCGCAGCAGAGCUGAGCGGGGAGCGCGGAGCCAUGCCGGGCUGGAAGAAGAACAUCCCUAUCUGCCUGCAAGCCGAGCCGGAGCGAGAUGAGAGUCCUUACACAAAGUCUGCAAGCCAGGCAAAGGCACCCGAUGGAGCACUGUCUGUGAGGAGACAGAGUAUUCCAGAGGAAUUCAAGGGCUCAACAAUAGUUGAAUUAAUGAAAAAAGAAGGCACCACCCUAGGGCUUACAGUAUCGGGUGGAAUCGACAAGGAUGGAAAACCAAGAGUAUCUAACCUUCGUCAAGGAGGAAUCGCUGCCAGGAGUGACCAGUUGGAUGUGGGUGACUACAUCAAAUCUGUGAACGGAAUCAACCUGACCAAAUUUCGCCAUGAUGAGAUCAUCAGCCUGCUCAAGAACGUUGGCGAGAGAGUUGUUUUGGAAGUGGAGUAUGAGCUGCCUCCAGUCUCUGUACAAGGAUCAGGUCUCAUUUUUAGAACAGUGGAAGUUACUUUACACAAAGAGGGGAACACUUUUGGAUUUGUAAUAAGAGGUGGAGCACACGAUGACAGAAAUAAAUCUCGUCCUGUUGUAAUAACAUGUGUUAGACCUGGAGGGCCUGCUGACAGAGAGGGCACAAUCAAACCUGGGGACAGGUUACUGAGUGUCGAUGGGAUCCGACUGCUCGGAACAACACAUGCCGAAGCCAUGAGUAUUCUCAAACAAUGCGGACAGGAGGCAACUCUGCUGGUUGAAUACGAUGUCUCAGUGAUGGAUUCAGUAGCAACAGCAUCUGGACCACUGCUAGUUGAAGUUGCCAAAACUCCUGGUGCUGCUCUUGGGGUUGCACUAUCUACCUCGAUGUGCUGCAACAAGCAGGUCAUUGUCAUAGACAAAAUCAAAUCUGCAAGUAUUGCAGACAGAUGUGGUGCAUUACAUGUAGGAGACCAUAUUCUGUCCAUUGAUGGCACCAGCAUGGAGUACUGUACACUGGCAGAAGCAACGCAAUUUUUGGCGAAUGCAGCGGAUAAUGUUAAACUUGAGAUCCUUCCUCACCACCAGACACGUCUUGCACUGAAAGGCCCAGAGCACGUGAAAGUUCAAGGAAGCAACAGCCAACUUACCCGGGAUUCCUGUGUGAACAGCCACAGCAGCCUCCUCACCUACCACCAUUAUAACACCUACCACCCUGACCAUUGCAGGAUGCCAGCCUUGAAAUUCCAGAAAGCAUCUCCUCAAAAAAGCCUUCCAGCUUUGGUGUCUUCAUCCUUCUCUCCUACCUCCAUGAGUGCAUACAGCUUGAGUUCCCUGAACAUGGGGACCUUACCUCGCAGCCUCUACUCCACCAGCCCGCGUGGGACAAUGAUGAGGCGGAGGAUGAAAAAGAAGGACUUCAAAAGCUCCUUGUCUUUAGCCUCUAGCACUGUUGGUUUGGCUGGGCAGGUCGUCCACACCGAAACCACUGAAGUAGUGCUGACAGCUGACCCCAUAGUAGGGUUUGGGAUACAGCUCCAGGGUAGCGUGUUUGCUACUGAGACCUUGUCUUCACCACCUCUCAUUUCCUAUAUCGAGUCUGACAGUCCAGCAGAAAGGUGUGGGGUGCUGCAAAUAGGAGACAGAAUAGUGGCAAUAAAUGGCAUCCCGACAGAAGACAGCACAUUUGAUGAGGCCAAUCAACUGCUCAGAGAUUCCUCUAUCAGCAACAAGGUCACUUUGGAAAUAGAAUUUGAUGUUGCAGAAUCAGUUAUACCAAGCAGUGGAACAUUUCAUGUAAAACUACCAAAGAAGCAUAAUGUGGAACUCGGCAUCACCAUAAGUUCUCCAUCCAGCAGAAAGCCAGGGGACCCUCUGGUUAUUUCUGAUAUCAAGAAAGGAAGUGUUGCUCACAGAACUGGGACACUGGAAUUGGGUGAUAAGUUGCUUGCAAUAGAUAACAUUCGACUUGACAAUUGCUCAAUGGAAGAUGCUGUCCAAAUCCUUCAGCACUGUGAGGACCUUGUGAAGUUAAAGAUCCGCAAAGAUGAAGAUAAUUCUGAUGAACAGGAGAGCUCUGGAGCAAUCAUUUAUACUGUCGAGCUCAAGCGCUAUGGUGGGCCUCUUGGCAUUACAAUCUCUGGUACUGAGGAGCCCUUUGAUCCCAUAAUCAUUUCCAGCCUUACAAAAGGAGGAUUAGCUGAAAGGACUGGGGCAAUUCACAUAGGAGACAGAAUCUUAGCAAUAAAUAGUAGCAGUCUGAAAGGAAAGCCUCUGAGCGAAGCCAUUCAUUUAUUACAAAUGGCAGGAGAAACUGUCACCUUGAAAAUCAAGAAGCAGACAGAUGCUACCAGUCCUAAGAAAUUUUCUGUCCCUGUGGGUCACGUAAGUGAACUGAGCGAUGCUGAAGAUGAAACCUCUGCUGCACAGAAAUCUGGCAAACUCUCAGACAUCUACUCCACUACAGUCCCAAGCAUCGACAGCGCAGUAGAGUCAUGGGAUGGCUCCGGUAUCGAUACCAGCUUUGGAAAUCAAGGACACAGCUAUCAGGCUUCAGGAUACAGCUUCAAUGCCUAUGAAUGGAGGAGUCCUAAACAGACUAGUUUGUCCCCUCCAAGCAAACCACGAAACCACCCGUUUCAUGAUGCAGGGCUGAGCGAUGACGACUGGGACAGACCCACAGCAAGCAGCACAGCUUCCAAGAAUAUGUGGCAACAGAAGGAGGCUGAGACAUUGGGAGAGAAUCAAGAAAACCAUUUAAAGCAAACUUCUUUAGAAAGAUCGGCAGGAGAGAGCAUCAGGAGCACGAAGAAAGAGGGCAAGAUGUGGAAAGGUGCCUCUGGAGGGCAAAGGAAAGGUGGGGGACAGCUGGAAGAGUGGAAUACUUCCAGCUUCACAGGUACCCAUGAUAACACCGAGGCUGACCAGGAGGAAAAUUUCUGGUCUCAGGCUCUGGAGGAUUUAGAGACCUGUGGCCAGUCAGGAAUUCUGAGGGAACUAGAGGCCACAAUCAUGUCAGGAAGCACCAUGAGUUUGAACCAUGAAAACCCCCAACCUCGUAACCAGCUGGGAAGGCAAGCCAGUUUCCAGGAAAGAAGCACUGUAAGGCCACAUUACAGCCAAGCUACCCGCAGCAACACGUUGCCAUCAGAUGUGGGGAGAAAGUCCAUGGUCCUGAGAAAAAUCAAGCAAGAAAUGAAAGAAAUCAUAUCACCAACUCCUGUGGAGUUACACAAGGUAACUUUGUACAAGGACUCAGAUGGAGAAGACUUUGGAUUCAGCGUCUCGGAUGGUUUGCUGGAAAAAGGCGUGUACGUUAAAAACAUCCGUCCAUCUGGGCCUGGCGAUCUGGGGGGCCUCAAACCCUACGACAGGCUUCUACAGGUAAACCACGUUCGCACCAGAGACUUUGACUGCUGUCUAGUUGUGCCCCUCAUCGCAGAAUCUGGCAAUAAGCUGGAACUGGUGAUCAGCAGAAAUCCCCUGGCAUCUCAGAAAGGAAGCUCAGAACAGGCUUCAGCAAGCGGGGAGUGGAGUGACCAGAACAAUGCCUUCCUUCAACAGAGUGGACACGCUAGUCUUAAUAUGGAGACACGGGAUCCUACAAAGACAUUAUAGCAGAAAAUCCUUUCAGUGGGACAUUCGGUAACAAGAGACAAUUAUGGUGCUAAAUCCCAUUAAGAUUUCUCUGAGAUUGAGGCUCGGAUGCUAUAUAGCACUACAAAGCACAGGAGGCCAAUCUGUCUGUCUCAAGGCUUCUAUUAGUUCAUGGUUACUUUUCAAACAUUUUAAUCUUUUGUUAAGUCCAGUCGUUCCACUCUGAACAAUGUUUCAUUAGCAACAGUACAAAAAGAAAAGGGCCUUUUCUUCCCCUAACAAGAAAUAGGGGAGAUGACUUAAACAUGAUUAUUUAAAUGUUCCUCUUCCUUCAGCAACAGCCACUUUUUAAGGGAAAACCACGGGGUGACACGCUGCUAGCAGUGGUGUCCAGCUCAUAUGGGGGUUAGAAACACUUGACCAGAAAGGUGCUGCUUAACGGACAAGGAAGAGGGGUAACGCUGCAGUGGGGUUUCCUGUUCAAUGGAUACAUCUAUGAUCUUGGGGACCUUUAUUCUGCUGGCAAGAAGGGUGCUCCCUUCAGCCAAAGCACAGUUUAGAUGUUAUAACAAAACCCCCAUCGGAUGCUGCUGUGUGGGGUGAACGUUACUUCCCCACAAGUCUCUUAGAACAAGUUACUCCCUAUGCAAUGAAAGGUUUAACGGGGUAUGUCUGGCCACCCGGCAGAUUUUUAAGCAGUCUUUUUCGGUGGGAUAAAAAUCUCUGAAGAAAAAUUACUGACAAAGAGUAAAACUGAAAUGAGUUCAGACAAAUUAGAAAGAUUUUAAAAGAAAAUGGCUUUUUUAAAACUAUGGCAGUGGAAGAUUGAUACAACAGCUCUUUAAUGAUCAAUAAACCUGGAAACUUGUACUGUCACACAUGAGCUUUUUAAGUCAAACAAUUUCUUGAAGGGACAAAAGUCCCCUUUGAUAUGUUUUGUUUUCAGCGUUCUUUAUGAUGAAACAUUACCCCCUCUGCAACACGUUUUUAGAGUUUAAAAUUGUAAAUAUAUUUUACAAACACAUCACACAAAUUCUCCCCUCUCCCCCCAAGCAAUAAAAUACUGCCAGUUGCUUUAUACACUCACCAGCAGCUGCUUUGGUUUAUUCUGGUAUUCAAGUUGUUCUUGGUAAUUAUUGUUAUUGGUGAAUAUAAAGAUACUGGAUUUGUACAUUUGUAGAGUCUCCAUAUCUAAGCACUCACCUUACAGAGUUGUUUCUGGUCAAUUUAAACUGUUUAACUGUAUCCCUGUUGCUGUUUCCAAUACAUGACCAAGCUCACCUGCCCCGCACACACCAAGUAUCUCUGACUUCUAAUUCAGCACUGCCAGAAAAGGUCAGAACAACAUUCGAGGCUGAAUCAUGUAAGAAAAAAGUU